AUGGCGGAUAAGCAACCAAUCCUCCGCGCCGUGGCGACGUCAACACGCCCUCUCUACCAGCUCCUGCGGUGUAUCAACUUUUCCUCGAAAGUUCAUGUUCAAAUUACUGAAGAAGGCAUCCGUUUCGCAGCAGAUCAUGCGAAAGUAAUGCAAGGAGUCGCGUUUCUCAACAAGUCACUUUUCUCAUCAUACUCUGUCAAUCUACCACCUGCAGAGGGUGAUGAACCACCGGAACUUCCGAAUUUUCAAAUACCCCUCUCAUCUUUUCUCGAGAUCCUCCAGAUUUUCGGCGCUGUUGAUGUUGCCGCGCGAGCCCAAAAGGCUGAGCAAGACCCAUAUCGAAGCAAUUUGAGGAAUUAUCGACCAGACGCGUUCAGCAACCAGACACUGGGAAUAUCGGGAACCUGCACUCUACUAUACGGUGAAGAAGGCGACCCAUUCAAAGUGAUGAUAGAGGAGUCAGGCGUCCAAACCACGGCUGGUCUCACAACAUAUUUGCCUGAGAUUACAGACGACAUACCUCUAGAUCGGGACGACAUAUGCUUCAAGAUCAUUAUGCAAUCCCGCUCACUGCUGGAUUCUCUAGCCGAAAUUUCACCUACCGCGCCAAUGAAGUUGUCGAUUACAGCAUCAAAGACAACCCCGUACCUGUCCUUUAGUGGCAAAGGUGACUUGGGUAGCUCGGAUGUCGACUUUGCGCGGGGCAGGGAACUACUGGAGACGUUCAGUAUUAGGGACAAAUGGACGCAAUCAUACAAGUUUGACUUUGUCAAGAACUCGACUGAGGCGAUGCGGAUUGCGAACAAGGUUAGCUUGCGAGGUGAUGGGCAGGGAGUUCUCAGUUUACAAUUCCUUGUCGAUAUCGAAGGAGGAAAGCGAAGCUUUUUGGACUUUCGGUUUGUUCCGUUUGCUACCCUUGACGAAGAGGAGGAUGAAGAAGAAGAAGACCAUGACAUGGGGGAUGAGCAGGAGUUGUAA